AACCUUCGCUUGCUUUAUUUUCUAGACAAACAAAUCAAUAUUUAAAAAGUUACUACAAGCAAAAGGGGAAGGCAAAAGUCUUAGAACGCAAUUUUGUAUUUAUUUUUAACGUAUAUAGUAUUACAAAGUAUAUAUAGUUACAAAUUUACAAGUUAACAGUACUAGCAAAAGGCCAGAUCAUCCUACAGCCAUGAACAACAAAGCAAAUAAUGGUUAUCCUUACGAUGCAGCUGCUCAAUCAGCGGCUUAUCAGCAAUAUGUGAACAGCCAAAUUCCAGCGCACGCCCAGCUACCGCCGUCGUACAACUCGGUGGUGACGAGCAUGGCCGCCCCGGCCGGGUACUCGCCGUACCCGCCUGGGAUGGUCCAGCACCACCAGCCGUACUACGCCACGAGUGCUGCCACCUGGAGCGUGAAUCCGUCCACGGGUUUGCCGCAGGCCACACCGAUGCAGUACGCUCCGGCGCCGCCCGCUGCCCAGCAUCACCAUCUUCCACCGCCUCCCCCGUAUUCCGCGGCGGCCGCCGGCCAACCCAUGCACCACCAUCCGGCGGCGAUGUACCAGUACCCGAUUGCGACCGCCGCCCAGCUCACCCAUCAGGCUCAACCACCACAAGUGUUUCAAGCGCAGAUCUAUCCCGUUCAGGGCGCCAUGUACGACGCCGGAGCCCGUUUCGGAAAGGCCGGUGGCGCGGCCACGAUUCCCCCUCCCCCGCCGGGAAUCGCUCCGAACGCGGCCCAAAUUGCCGCCAUGCAGGGCCAGCAGGUGGUCAUGACCAAAAAGAAGAACAACUUCCUUCACGGUGGCAACGGGGCCGGGUUUACCUUUUGGUAAGUGCGGCUCGCCCGUGAUGAUCGCGCACAAAAUUUGCAACCACAAAAACAGAGUAUGUAACCUGCUCAGAGAGAAACCAACCCAAAUCAAUCAGUGAUUAAAAUUAUUCUCUACUAUUGGUUCUUUGAAGAUAGUAGUAGUAUUAGCGAGCGCACACAAACACACACACACUCCCAAACGCAUCCAUUCAUAUACAAAACGUCGUGUUUAGUUUCGGUUUUGUGUAGUCAAACGGGAAAUAUUCAACUCCUCUUCUAGUGAAAUGCAGAACGAGAAAUGAUGCCAUUGUUUUGAUUAUUAUUUUCUAUUAGUUCAAAUAUUUCGUUUUUUCGUUGUAAUCACUCGCAUUGACUAUUUAGAAAGCAACAAUAAAGAAUUUCUGAAGUAAACACACACAAACGAAGCGAAUUGUAACGAACUAUGUAUGAAACGUACCAGUACAGCAACAACAAACAAACAAAAAACUACUAAACCACAAAACGAGUUAUUGAGAACCUAUUAAUCACACACAAACAGAAAUAGAAAAAAAAACACAAACCGGCAAUGAGCAAGUCAUGUAGCGAAGUUCAACAGUGAGUUACAACGUACCAACUUAAAACAUUAAAAACCAAGAGGAAACGCAGCAGUAAUCAAUUAUAAAUAUAUUUGAAUGAUAUUGAAACAGUAUAUUAUUCACAAUUAAAAAGGAGUAAAAAGGAAAGAUCAACAACUAGCAAUCAUGGCUGAGGAAACGACGGCUAACCCCAUACUUAUAAAUUAAUGAAGCAAAAACAGUUACAGCAAGCAUUCGAAGAAGAAAAAAA